AUGAUGAUGAGCCCAGCUUUUGCAACAACUAUGACAUAUGAUCCAACUAUUAAUCCAUAUCAAAUGGCUUAUCCGGCUGGUGCGACAAUUUAUCCUGCAGCUACGGCGCCAUUUCCUGUCACAGCUACAGCUGAUUCACGUGGCUUUGAAGUCAUACCGCAUCGAAUUUUUGUUGGCGGUUUUCCAGCUACUACUACGGAGUUAGAUCUGCGUCUGUUUUUCGAAAAAUUUGGCCAUGUUCGUGAAGCAAAAGUAAUUCGUAGUAGUGAAGGAACAUCUAAAGGAUAUGGUUUUAUAACGUUUGAUUCUGAAGAAGAAGCGAAAGCAGUUAUGCAGAUUAAUUCGGUAACAAGCGUCAGUUAUAAAUUAGAAAGCUAUAAAAUAGAAGAUAAAACUAUAUUGAAGAGAUUUUGCACUCAACACAUGUUACAGAACCAAGAAGCUGAAAAACUUGAAUUCAAAGGACGUAGAUUAAAUCUUGGACCAGCUGUUAGACGAGUAAUACAUGGGCCUCGUUUUGCUCCAGGUAAUUCUGUGGAUUCGUAUCAUAUUGCAAAAAUAUCAGAGAUAACAUUGUUUCAAUCAUGUAAAUUGCUAUUUUUAGAGUAUGCUAUAGCAACACCAACAGGACAAUUACUUACUACGUCUACAUUUGGAGGUGUCACAUAUGCCUAUCCGCAAUCACCUUUUGUUGUAGUUCCACCAAAUCAAGUUCAGCCGUUCAUAUACUCGCCGGUGUCGACUAUAGCGCCAGCGCAGUAUACUCUGUCAAAUACUGUGAGUCGUUUUCAUAGCAAGAGGUACCAUGAAGAGUAG